AGUUUUUCUUUUAUUCUCUUUCAGUUCCAAAGCAUACAAUGGCUGCAUUACCACCUCGCAAAAAUCCUACACCAACCAAAAUAUCAAGACAGCAUUUGUCUCCUCUUCAGAUACUUCUACAGAUGGGGUUUCCUAAGCAUAGAGCAGAAAAAGCCCUGGCAGCAACAGGACACAGAGGAGUACAACUUGCUUCAGACUGGCUACUCGCACAUGUUAAUGAUACGUGCCUAGACUUAGAUACCCCACGAGAAUAUGUUGUUUACCUUUGUCCAACUGGUCACCUUCAUGAACAAGUGGAAAAUUUUUGGGUAGAGUCACUACAGAAGUGUGGGUGGAAUGGGGCUCAUAAUCUUGUGCCACACAUUACACUUUGCUCAUUUUUCAAAUCAAAUGAUGAAAACUGUGAGGUUCUGGUGUCUGCACUGAAAGAAGUUGUCCAUAGUAUCAUGCCAGCAUUACCUUCAUCCCUAACACUUGAUAAUUACAUCUCACCAAAUUAUGGGUCUUUUUCUCAAUGACCAGCAAGCCAGGAUAUAUUGAAG